AUGGCUUUGAGCUCCUUUUUAUUGUUGAGAACUCAGCCGCUGGCUCACAUUGCUUUAGUGGCACUCAGUUCUUUCCUGCUCUUUUAUCUAGCUCGAGGCAUUUAUCAAGCGUAUUUCUCGCGGUUGAGUCACAUUCCAGGCCCCAAGUUAUGGACCAUAUUCCCAUUCAUUCCCAAAUUCAAGAUACUUUUCGGCACCAUCGACCAAGAUAUCCGCGAGUUUCACAGGACAUACGGCAAUGUUGUACGUUAUUCGCCAGAUGCGGUGACAUUUACGACAAGCCAGGCCUGGAAGACUAUCUACGGCCAUGGGCACGGGCAGUUUCCAAAGUACAGUGCCUCCAAGCAACUCGACCCUGACUCCAACAUCCUCGACGCCGAUGAUGUCAACCAUGCUCGGAUUCGCCGAGGAGUAGCCCACGCUUUUUCGCCACGGUCUCUGGCCGACCAAGAGCCGAUCAUUCACGACUAUGUCGAUAAGCUCGUACGAAGGUUAUCAGAUGUGGCUGAGUCCCGAAUGCCGACAGAGAUGGGGAGAUGGUUCCAUAUCGCUUCCUUCGACAUUAUCGGCGACUUGACGUUCGGGGAGUCUUUGGGUGGUCUCGACAAUAACGAGUUCCAUCAUGUGGUAAGCUCUGUCCUCAUGUUUAUCGAGCGAGCUAGAAAGCUCUUCGAACUUAACACACUACUUGGCCCGCUAUCGUGGAUCGUCUUGCCGAUUUUAGCGCGGGAUGUUCAGAAGGGCUUUAUGGACCAGUUUGACUACACCAGAAAAGCCGUAAACAAGCGAUUGGGGAAUGACUCUGAGAUCAUCCGCAAAGACUUCAUGCAAGGUUUGCUCCGUGGGAGAGACGAGAAGAGUAUUAAUUCCAUCGAAGAGAUUGUUACAAACUCGAAUACCCUCUUCGUCGCCGGUAGUGAUACCACGGCCACUUUGAUGACGGCUUGCACUUUCUACCUCUUAUCAACGCCUCAUGCACACAGAAGAGCAGUUGAAGAAGUCAGAGCUGCGUUUAAGUCACCCGGCGAAAUCAACUUUACGGAUGCCACGGCACGUCUGCCUUACCUCCUCGCUGUGCUCAACGAGACCUUCAGACUCUAUCCACCCGUGCCGACUUCGCUUGAGAGAAUUGUUCCAGACACAAAAGAACCAGCGUACAUUGAAGGAAUGUUUCUCCCUCCAGGGACUCGUGUUGGGGUUCAUCACUCCGCUGCCGGUCUAUCAACUUCCAACUUUGCUGAGCCAGAGAGCUUUGCUCCUGAACGAUGGCUUCCCAGUGUUGCUCAAGACCCUAAGUCUCCAUUUUAUGCGGACAAGCGGGACGCUAUCCAGCCAUUCUCGUAUGGCCCUCGCAAUUGCAUCGGGAAGCACUUGGCAUACAAUGAGAUGCGCGUCAUCAUUUCGCGACUGCUAUGGGAAUUCGAUAUGAAGCUCGAUUCGUCUUCGACCAAUUGGACACAGCCAUAUUCUAAGCACAAAGCCUGGUCCAUCUGGAAGAAACCACCUCUGUUGGUGCACAUCAAGAGACGUCCUUUGGCAAUCUAG